UAGACGCUGGAGUAGAAUUGUAGUUGAAGCUGCACUUCUCAUUUCUUUGAUAGUGAUGGGAGUUAAAACCCAGCAGUCAUGUCCACUCUUCAACGCUGCCUCAUGUCCAAUGAACCGUUCCACCCCCUCGUGUGUGGAUGGCUGGAUCGGAUACCGAGGGAAAUGUUACUAUUUCUCAGAGGCUGAAGGGAACUGGAACAACAGCCAGAGCCAGUGCUCUGCCCUCAGUGCCUUCCUGGCUGUGAUUGACACCCAGCAGGACCUGGACUUCGUGCUGCGAUAUAAAGGCACCACAGAUCCGUGGAUUGGUCUCCGGAGGGGCUCCGAUCAUCACUGGAAAUGGGCAAAUGGCACCAAAUUCAGCAGCCUAUUUGAAGUCAGAGGAGAUGCAAACUGCGCAUUUCUGACGGAGACUGCUGUCAGCUCUUCAAGGUGCUACACCGUGAGAAGCUGGAUCUGCAACAAAUCGUAUGCGUAA